GUUCUUGAUUAUGGCAAUAUCCAACACUUCAGGAGCUCCCGAUCCUGUCGGUAUCCUAGUCGGGAUCUCUGGGCCCAGGAUUACUCCACCUUGGGCAUCUACUGCUCUGCUAACAGUCGGCCUUUACUGCAGGUUCGGGUGCUAUUCCACUCCGUGUUUUUGCAGUUUAGGUCGCCUAUUAACAGCCUUGCUUUGUUGUUCCUUAACAUUGUCUGGAUGUCCAGCAGGUUCAGGGCUUCACGAGGGGUUCUGUAAACAGAAGUAACAAUUACUGGCCCUUUGGAGGUGUUGAUUUGCACGCUGAUGGCGUGUAUGUCUGUGUCCUCUACGCCUAUGCUGUGGUGGUCGAUGUCUUUCCUGAUUAGCAGGGCCACUCCUCCACGUUGGGUGCUGUCGUCGUGCCUGUAAACUUCAUAAUCUUGUAUGUUAAUCCUAAUAUUACUUGCUACCUUGGUUGGGAUGAUGUUGCAACUAAUUAAAUUAUUAAAAAGUUUAUUAUAAAAUAAAUAUUAAUUUCUUUAAAGAACGAAACUCAUUUUACAGAGUUUUCAGGUUUCAGUGCAUUUGUAAAUCGGCAAGUUCUGGUGUGGUUAACUAUAAAAUGAUUCGUUUGACUAUAUUCAAAUUCAAUUAUUUUAAGUUGUGAUUUAACUCUGACUUGUUAUGGCUACACAUUUCUAACUACCGGGCCGUUUUAUUAUUAGUAUUAAAGAAGAGAUCAUUUGUCCAAUUUUAAAUAGUUGGGGGUGCUGGUUUUCACCAUCAGUCUUCUCUUCUCUAUGGUUUUCACUUUUUUAUAGGUUAUGCGAAUCUGAGGUUUUAUUUUGGUUAUAUGUCGUUUACCAAAUAUUAUAAUCUAAUUUGUUAGUUUAAAAGCAUUUUCAUUGUAAAGCAACUGUUACUUCCCGUAAGAAAACAUGUCGACUUCAAGUGAAAAUGUGCUACUUCAAGUUCCAAGCGUUCGAUUCAAGAAAGGCGAUGGAUCCUUGUUUCUCAUGGACGAGAGGCUGAUUUGGAUGGUAGAAAGUAGGGACACAGUUGUUGUUUCUCACCCUUAUGCAGACAUGAAAUCCCAAAAAAUAUCCCCAGAAGGUAAAGCCAAAGUCCAACUCCAAGUGGUGAUGCAUAAUGGGGUUUCAUCCACUUUUCAUUUUAUAAACAAAAGUGGACUGCAGGCACAACUUGCAGACAGGGAUAAAGUAAAAGACAUGCUACAGACUUUAUUGCCUAAGUUUAAACGAAAAGUUGAUAAGGAAUUGGAAGAAAAAAAUAGAUUAUUAUCUACUAAUCCAACGUUGCUGCAGUUGUACAAAGAUUUAGUGAUGACCGAGGUUGUUAGCUCUGAGGAAUUUUGGGUCCAGCAUGCACAACAGUAUUCUCAAAAGAUUAAACAGCUUCCACAAGAAAUUGGAGUUUCUGGGGCAUUUUUAGCAGAUAUCAAGCCACAAACUGAUGGAUGUAAUGGUCUAAAGUACAACAUCACUCCAGACAUUAUUGAGUGUAUUUUUAAAACAUAUCCUGCAGUUAAAAAGAAGUAUAUUGAAAACGUUCCAAACAAAUUAACCGAGGCUCAGUUUUGGACCAAAUUCUUCCAGUCUCAUUAUUUUCAUCGAGAUCGUAAAUAUGCAGAAAACAAAGAUUUGUUUACUGAGUGUGGUAAAAUAGAUGAUCAAGAGAUGAGAAAAGACAUUCAAGCUGGUGUAAACGACCCCUUGGUAAAUCUAACUGAGUUUGAAGAUAAUACUUUAGAGGAAGGAUAUGGGGGAGUUCCAGACAAGCCAAUAAGCAAUAUAGGCACUGUUAGCCAAGCAAUGAUUAAAAGAUUUAAUCAACACUCGAUUAUGGUGUUAAAGGCGAGUAAAAAUAAGGCUAAUGAAGUUGCAAGCGAUGGUGCUCAGGUAAAGGCAGAUUCCUCUGCAGAAAAAUCGUUGGAUGAGCCAGUUAGUAAGAAGCAAAAAAUAUUAGAUAAAAUUAGUUACGAUGAUUUGGAAGAUAAUGAGAAAGCUACAAAUGGAAAUAUUCACCUAAGUUUAUCCAAGGUUGAAAGAUAUCUCCACGGUCCUAUGCCUGAUACAAUAACCGAACAUAUCAAUCCGAAUGAGGCGUCUCAUAUCAUGCGAAAUGUGCUUCAAGAAGCGCGUCAAUGGCAGGCUAGGCCGCAUAUGCCCAAUUAUGGCAUUGUGCCUCCGUCUGCUGCUAUUCAAGCUUUGGGUGAUCUUUCACCGGGAGGUGCUCUUAUGCGGGGCUUUCAAGAGCAAUCUUUAGCACAAUUGGUACCUCCUAAUAUUGAAAAAGAAGUUAGAAAUCUUUACCUGGCGCUCUGUGAACUGUUGGGACAUUUCUGGAAAUGUUUUCCACCCACAUCGGCAGCCGCUGAGCAAAAACUCAUGAAAAUGAACGAAGCUUUGCAACGAUUCCAGUCCGUAAAGCUAAAGCCUUUUGAAGAUAAGUUAAUACGGGAACUCACGCCUUUGUCACAGCACCUUACCACACAUUUAAAUCAGCUUUUAAAUGCAGCAUAUCAAAAGUAUAGUAAUUGGCAAAAAAUCAAAUCGAGAUGAGUGCUAAAUCUUCUUAUCGAAAGUUUCUGUUCAGUAGGAUUCUGUUGUAGGUUCAUUUGAAAUGUAUUUUAUUUGUAAUAAAUAUAAUUUGCUGAA